CGCUGCUGGUGGAAGACUGUUGUUUAUCAGCUGACCAGAAAUGAAGUUUGCCGUGAAAUGGAUUUACGGGUCAGUGUAAUGCCUGUGGAAACGACAGAAACUACAGCCAGGGAGUGUCCAACAGUGAGAAUCACAAGAUCCAGACAACUGGACUGAUCUCUACCAGCUACAGCUCAGAGAUCUCUCCAGACUAUGGCUUCACAACAAACAGUCUGCCUUUUCUUUUCUGGACAAGCACAACUCUCUCUUUAGUACUUCCUGUCUUUCACUGCCUCAACCUUCCGUUUUCUCUCUCGUCUUCACUGUUUGAGUGUCCUGUAUUCUGUUUGUGAACAUGGACGACACAGAGCCUGUUCAGCCCAGUCUCAACUCCAACUAUGUUCCAACCACUCCCAGCAACCACCAUGUAUCUGAGGAUGAGGAGAGCGAUGACCAGAGUCCCUCGUCAUCACUCCUACCCAAACAUUCCUCAGUGCCUCUGGCCGUGCGCUACAGCCCAGAGGACUCUUACUGUUUUGUGUACAUCAUCUUCUUUCUCAUGGGCAUCGGGUCCCUGCUGCCCUGGAACUUCUUCAUAACAGCCAAACACUACUGGCUCUACAAACUGAGUAACAACACUCAUGGCAGCGGCAAUAAGGAACACCGCUCAGACCUCAGUGACUACUUUGAAAGUUAUCUGGCCAUUGCCUCCACGAUACCCUCUGUGCUGUGUCUGAUCCUCAACUAUGUCCUAGUUAACAGGUUGUCCUCAAACGUGCGGAUCCUGUCGUCUCUUUUUGUGAUCCUGGUGGUGUUUGUGGUGACCACAGUUCUGGUGAAGGUGGAUGUGUCAGACAGCAAGACAGAGUUCUUCAUUGGUACCUUGGCCAGCGUGGCUGUUGUCAGUGGAGCCUCCAACCUCUUCUCUGGCAGUGUGUUCGGGAUCAGUGGGCAUUUCCCUAUGAGGAUUUCUCAGGCCCUUAUAUCAGGUCAGGCCAUGGGAGGCACGCUGAGUGCAGUAGCAUCAAUACUGGACCUGGCACUGGCAAAGGAUGUGGCAGACAGCGCCCUGGCCUAUUUCCUGACAGCUGAUGUCUUCAUCCUGCUCUGCAUCAUGACAUAUCUGCUGCUGCCCAAGCUGGCAUAUUCAAGACACUACAUGCUGGCAGCAACGGGUGACAGGGGAGCAGCAGCAGCAGGCACAGGGAGCGGAGUCUCCGUCCCACCUCUGCAGCCUAUCCUCAGGAAGACAUGGGUGCUGGGCCUGAGUGUCUUCUACGUCUUCUUCAUUUCCAUCAUGGUGUUCCCUGCUGUAUCUUCAGGGAUCCAAUCUGUCAACAAAGCCAGCGGCAGCCCCUGGACAACCACUUACUUUGUGCCCCUCACCAGUUUCCUCCUGUACAACGUAGCAGACUUUUGCGGCAGGCAGGCCACAGCUUGGCUGCAGGUCCCUGGCCCCACCAGCCAAGUCCUCCCUGUGCUGGUGGUGUGUCGCUCCGUCAUGGUGCCACUUCUCAUGUUCUGCAACUUCCAGCCGAGGGACCACCUCCACACUGUGCUAUUCGGCCAUGACGUGUACCCUGUGGUCUUUAACUGCCUGCUAGGCCUCACUAACGGCUACCUCGGCACUCUGCCGAUGAUCUAUGGCCCUAAGGUGGUACCUCGAGAGCUGGCAGAGGCCACAGGAGUGGUCAUGUCCUUCUUCCUCACUCUGGGACUGGCUGUAGGAUCUGCUUUCUCUGUGCUUAUUGUGCACUGCAUUUGACAAGGCUGUUAUAAAAUAGCCCAUCCAUUCACUGUGGUAUAGUUGAGCUAUACAGUCGAGUCUGAAGAACACCAGAACCUCAGAACUAUGAUGCGACGUACACCAGUACAGCCAGCUGUCUGCAUGAGGGAAAGUGCUGAUAAGCUUCUCAUCUCCGCUCUUAACCAAAAAGCCUUUGACUACUUCAUACCUCACAUUAAUGUGUGUUAUGUUUACACUGAUGGGGUUGUACCUGUCAAGACUUGAUCUCUACAUAUAUAAUAUCAGGAAAUGAUUCUCUUAGCAACAAUAGAUAUCAGUGCAGUCCAUAAGGGACACGUCACUGGACAAGUUCUUUUGUUUUUCAUACUGCAAAACACAUUUUGCACAAAUGUAUUAGGUUCCAGGGUAAGAUACCAAAAAGGUUAGGUGGAAACGCAGCUUAGGGGUGAACUUUUGUGGUACUAUGUGCAUUGUUAUGUAGAAGGUGUUCAAUAUUAGUUUAGUUCAACUGUAAUUAAAAAAAACGUAUAGAUGGUAAAGAAGCACCACAUUUUUGUGACGGAUACAGCUCAAAACAUGGCUGAUUGUCAUUCAACAUGUGGUUAUUCAUGUCUGCCCUGUAACUACUUGACACAACUUUAUAAACUGAACAUUUACAGUAACAAA